UGUGUGAUCUCUGAGGACGUGUUUGUGUACUUCUCAUGGGAAGAAUGGAUGCUCCUUGAUGAUUCUCAGAGACUUUUAUAUCAGGAUGUGAUGCUCGAGAACUUUGCACUUUUAGCCUCACUGGGAAUUGCACCCUCCACAUCACGCUUAGUCGCACAACCAAAGCAAAGGGAAGAUCCCUGGGUGCCUGACCAGGUGGACGUGACCCCAGCCACAGAAAGAGAGGCUCCGAAGGGACCUGGACCUGGUUGUUGGUGUGCAGUGGAGGAUAAUGAUACAUCCUCUGUCUCCUCAGAAGGAGUGUCACGGGUCAGGACUCCUGAGGCAGGUGUGAAGACCCGCCCAUGUGACAGCUCUGGCUCAGCGUUGAAAGAAAUCCUAUACCUGACUGAACGCCAGCAGGGAGAGGCCAGGCCGAAGCCGCCUACACGGGGGGCACGUUGGAAGCAAUGGUGGCUCAGUGCCAGCCUCCAUCAGCACCAGAAGCAGCCCACUGGAGAGAGGCCCUUCCGAAGAGGUGAGGGCAGGGCCUCCGUGAAAAGCUGCAGACCCUAUGUGCCAGAGAAGACCUCCAUGUGCACGGAGGGUAGGAUGGACUUGCCAGCCCCCUCUGGCCUUCCUCAGCACCAAGUCCCCUGCAUGCCUUUGAAGGCCUACAAGAGCACCGGGCUUGGCGGAGCCCUUCACACUGGACAGAGGCAUCACAGAUGCACUGAAUGUGGGAAAGCGUUCACCCGCAAAGACACGCUUACGCGGCACCAGAGAAUCCAUACUGGAGAAAGGCCUUAUGAGUGCAGCCAGUGUGGGAAACUCUUUAGCCAAAGCUGUGACCUUUUCAAACACGAGACCAUACACACUGGAGAAAGGCCGUAUGAGUGCCGUGAAUGUGGGAAGUUUUUUAGACAAAUCUCUGGCCUCAUUGAACAUAGGCGAGUUCACACUGGCGAAAGACUCUAUCAGUGCAGCAAUUGUGGAAAAUUCUUCAGUAGUAAGUCUAACCUCAUUAGACACCAAGAAGUUCACACAGGAGCAAGGCCUUAUGUAUGCAGCACAUGCGGGAAAGAGUUCAGCCGCAAACACACGCUCCUUCUGCACCAGAGAACUCACACUGGAGAGAGACCUUACGAGUGCAGUGAGUGUGGGAAGGCCUUUAGCCAGAGCUCUCACCUUAACGUGCACUGGAGAAUUCACAGCAGUGAUUAUGAGUGCAGCAGAUGUGGGAAAGCCUUUAGCUGCAUCUCUAAACUCGUUCAGCACCAGAAAGUUCACUCUGGAGAAAAUCCUUAUGAGUGCAGCAGGUGUGGGAAAGCCUUCACCCAGAGGCCAAAUCUGAUCCGGCACUGGAAAGUUCACAGUGGAGAGCGGCCUUAUGUGUGCGGCAGAUGUGGGAAAGAGUUUAACCGCAAACACACACUUGUUCUCCAUCAGAAGAUUCACACAGGAGAGAAGCCUUAA